AUGCGCUGCUCCAACUGUGGCACCAUGCGCACCCCACUCUGGAGGAGGUCGCCCGACGGCAGCAGUCUCUGCAACAAGUGCGGUGCCAGCAGCAGCAGCAAUGGCGCCGGCAUCAGCGGCGGUGUCGGUGGCACUGCUGGCGGUGAGGAGGAGGCCGUCGGCGGGCUCAAGUGCAACAAUUGCGGCACCACCACGACGCCGCUCUGGAGGCGCGACGAAAACGGCAACAACAUCUGCAACGCAUGUGGCCUGUACCAGAAGCUGCACGGCACGCAGCGGCCCAUCAAUAUGCGCAAGACGGUCAUCAAGCGCCGCAAGCGUGUUCCCGCG